AUGGCGAACAGCUCUUCUUCUCUGGUAUCCCUGGCCGUGACGGCUGCAGGGGCCGUGGCUCUCUACGGUCUUGUGCGCGUGACUCGCGCUCGUAUCUACGACGCUAUGAUCGUCAAGCUGACGACCGGCUGGUAUGCGGAGGUGCUGGGGCGGCUCCCGAAGGGCAGCAAGUUCCUGGACGUUGGUAUCGGCACAGGUCUCGCGUUGAUCAACAACGGAGAUCAACUCAAGGCCAAGAACAUUACAGUGGACGGAGUGGACUACGACGAAGACUACGUGGUGCGCUGUCGGGCACUGCUGAAGGAGUCGCAGCUGACGAGCCACGUCCAGGUGCACCACGCUUCCAUCUACGACUACCGAGGAGGCCCCUAUGACGCCGUCUACUUCAGCUCGUCGCUUAUGCUCAUGCCCGACGCAGUGAAGGCGCUGCAGCACUGCGUGGCCAUGUUAAAGCCUGGAACUGGAAAGGUCUACGUGACGCAGACCAUCCAGACGAGCCACUCGAUGCUCGUGGAGAUCGGCAAGCCGCUACUCAAGUUCCUCACGACCAUCGACUUCGGCACGGUCACGUACGAGGAAGAUCUACUCAAUACGUUUAAGAAGGCCGGUCUGACGCUGCUAGAGCAUGUGCCGAUCUCAGGGUCGACGAUGACGUCCACACGGUCGUUCAGACUGUUCGUGCUGGAACCGUAG